AUGAAUAUUACCUGUCUCUCGAUACUGCUCGUUUUUGGACUGGCAUACGCAAGAUAUAUACGUAAGUUACCAUUGACCCCCAACUUUUACAGUCUUGUAAAGGAGGAUAAGUCCCAAAACUGCCUGUUUGUGCAUUCGCUUACGAAGUGUAUUAGAUUACGGUCACAUAGUCAUCAAAGACUUUUAUUCCAAACUAUUUCUCAGAAGUUCUAAAAUGAAGAUACACGAGUAAUGUGGAUCCAUGUUUACGGUCAGAGAUGGUAGAAAUUUCUAAACAUUAACGUACCAGACUACUAUCCUCCAGUUGGUAGUAAGAUGAAAUCCGCAGCAUAUGCAUGAAGGGAACAGCGAGGUGUUUAAGCAGAUAGCUCAAGUUUGACGACCAUUUACUGCGUUUUAAUCUGCUGGCUUCCUAUGAAUUCUACUCUUUUCUUGCUCUACUUAUAGUGUACUGAAGGCAAACGUUUAUUUAAAAUGCAGGUUUUUUCAUUAGUAACGGAAAGUUUAAUCGUGACCGUGCCCUUAAAUGGCAGCUACUUUGAAAAGAUAACCCUAUGCGAAUUUGUGUCUGCACUUCUUUGCCUCAUGGUGUCGCAUGUGGGGCAUUCAAGGACCUCCCUUUUUCAACCCCCAACGAAAGUUCGCUGUCUUAGUCACUCUAAACCGAAUUUGGGUAUUUCUGGAUCCCCUGAUUUUGUUCAGACGCACACAGUUAAAGGACUUCUACAGAUGCAGUGGGGGGUUUUGGAAAUAAAAUUAACGAAGAUUAUAGACAUCUAAGAAAAAAUAACAAGAGUCAAAUAAAUUCAGUAUAGACCAGUCUUAACUCAAUGUCAGAAAACGUUGGGACAGUGCAAGAGUAUGCAGCUACCUUUUCGCAUUCCACGGUAUGUUACCUCGAAUUUCAUCUAGUGAAUAAUGAAAUGAAAUGAGUAAAAACUUCGUAGAAGGAUGAAUCAGAUAACUCUGACAAAAUUACUCUGCGCUUAGAUGAGCAAGAAUAAUUUCUUAGGGGAACACCGAAGACAACAAAUAUCGGUUUACAUGAAAUGGCGAUUCCUCUGAUGUCUAGCAAAACCAAUAAAUAAAACGCUCACACUCUGGAACAAAUAAGGACAAAUUAUACAAUAAAACAGUAGAUAUCUGACGUUGUGGUCUGAAAGACGCACUCUUAUACAGUGAACCUCAACCGGAAAGGGGAGGCAAAUGAUACACCAUGUCAGUUGGUAGAACCAAGUCAGAAUUCAAAUCCGCAAUUCGACUUUUUUUCAGAAUUCUUACUGAGUUUAGUUAAUUUUGGGCUUUUGUCCUCGAUGGAAACUUCUGUAGCAGAAAGGCGAGGCUGUUUCCAAGGCUACGAAGGAUCAGUGCCCAAAUGCUAUAGACAAUGUGUGAAAACAAUGAGCAGGAGAUAGUCAUCUUGUAAAAAAUUUCCCAAAAUUAAUCCGAAGGGCAGAGAAAAGGCACUGAAACUUGUUAUAUACUAAAACACUGUUCACCUUAUUUCAAGUUUUCACCCAGUCAGCUUAGAAAGUGAUUAGCUUAAUAAGACUUAUUCUUUGCGUUAGCACGGGAUUCCUUCCCAAUUGCGAUGCUUACAGAGACGAUGGGGCUGGAAGACAACCUUCCAGGUGAUCUGUUCGAUACUCCUCAAUAUCUCCGCCACAAAAAGGGGAAUAUCUUUCGUUUCGGCAAACGCAACUCUUUCGGAAGCAUUCAGUACCCUGAAAACGUACGUGGUUCUUUAUUUUGACUUUUGCAGACGGUUUGGAAAUCAUUUUCAUCUUUUCUUCUCUUUUACGGUGCAGAAUAGAACAAUAAAUUUCUGUAAGCGCAUAAAAUAAGUCUGCUUUCGACAAAGUGCAAGCUGGUUUUACCGUAAAAGUAUGGCUCAAAUAUAGCCAUGUCGUGAAAUAUUUUCACAAAUACCGCAUCUAUUAGAAAACACUAACAUUUUAACAAGGUCAUUCCUUUUAACGCACGAGGACGUGACGAGGCACUAAGAACACUUAAAUUCCAUGUAACUCUCAUGGCCUUAUGAUGAUUACCGAAAAUAUGUGUUUGUCAUCUGACUUUACAAUUAAUUUAGUUUUAAUAUCAUUCGUUACAGUCAUAGAGGAAGACCCAAUAACACCGAUAAGUCAGGAACUACCAACGGUAAACUCAUUAGAGAGGACUAAAGGCACUGGCUGUGUAAUCUAUCUGAAAGUACUGCCAAUCAAUCCAAGAAAGUCUAAUAAUAGUUGGUUUACCAAAUUAUUCGGUUUUUUGUCAUUUCGGAAGUACCAUCUCAUUUUUCAUUUGAAAUAAUGCAAAGCAGAUUUAGUAUGGAAAUCGCCUUCUUCUGUGUAAUAUGGCUUGCACAGUAACAUUCUGAAAUUCAGCGUGGAUCAUCAGGUUCUGCAGUAUUCAUGGUGAAAGUAUCAAUUUUCCCGUGAUGUAACUUACAGAAUCCCUGUCAAAAAAUGCUCAAUGACAAAUGUUUACGUCGAUGACACAGGAUAUUGAACUAAUUUAAAAUUGCAUUCAGCGUUUCUAGUGAUAAUUAAAUAAGCUCAGAAAAAAUGGCUGCAGACUUAGCAUUGUGAACAUGCAAAAAACAUUUGUGGCUUGGACUGCAUUUGCUAGUCGAAGUUAAGUUCCGUUUCUUGGAGGAAAAGCCUGUCCAAUCGGAAGAAGGAACUAUAUGCUAGUAGCAGGUCCAAAAUAAAACGGACGGUUAAUUCAUUUCGUUUGAUGUUUUUUGUUGUUCACGGAAGUUAAGGACUGACUUUUUGUUGACUGCAACGACAGAACGUGCUUUAUCAUGUCACCUACAGUCUUAACAAAACGCGUAAACGUAGGUUUCUUGAUUAAAAUCUCCGCGGAAAAUUUGUUGCAUCCUGCUCUAAAAAAACAGCAUCUCAACGGUAACACGAGAGACAGAUAGAAAAAGGACAUAUUCCGUUUGAAAUAUUGUGUGCUGUAGUUUGAAAAAUUGGAAAAUGCUUAUUCAUUCGAUUGCUCCUUGAAUUGUUAGAAUAGUCUUGUAAGCACUUUAAGGAAGCUUUGACAAGCAAUAAGAGGGAAGACAGAAAUUUCAGAGCUGUUAAUGAACUGUGUGAAAUCGUAUUCCGACUUCUGAAUUCUCGAAAAAUGUAUUAUCAGCUCUACAAUUUCCAGACGCUCUGUCUGCUAACUGGGUAUAGCAGUACAAAAAUAAACCUUGGGCCAUUUGUUUUGACCCAUGAACUGACUUACGGAUGCAGGAGUUCCAGAAAUUAGCGAAGUCAUACAAGGUCGGGUAGUAAAAGCGUAAGCAAACAUACUUUCACUAUCAUGGGGUAGUUUAUUCGUACAUGAAUACUCCUACCGGAGGCCAGCCAUUGCGUUGAUUUUCCUACUGCCUCAAAACACGACUACCAGUCCAUCGACUGAUUUAUAAAUUUCCCAGACUUUUCUCAGUGACUGCUAGAAGAACAGAAGAAGGCAAGGACAUUUAUAUUAAUGCUGCAAUGCCAUGUCCAUUCUGAACGGAAAGUGGGAAACUUUUCUCCCGGAAAGACUCCCCCAGUCAAAUGGGCAUAAUUUACCAAACAAAUAGAGAUGCCAUUAUAGAAGUCCUUAAAUGCGUUUUCGUUAGGAAACUGUAAUUUACGAAAACAUAUUUUAAUCCCUUAACUUCAUUCAGACUCGCUGUCCUUAUUUUUAUGUCACUUUCAAGGGAACUGUUUAGUUGUAUCCACUAAGUCGAAAAAAAUUGUUUUUGUCCUUUAAUGGUAUUUCGACUUGAGUCGUGUGGUUGAGGGUGGAGCAGCCAAUAAAUAAAACUUUAAUUUUAAAUGCUUUCAUCAAGUACUACUCUUCGAUCGGAAAAAAGUGUUGUAUAGGUAACUGGUCGAACGUAUACGACUAGCUGCAAGAAUGCACUACUGUAAACAUCCACCAAAAGUUUCCCUAAUGAGACGGGUAAUGGUAGAGUUAAGUGCAUUUAUCAGACGGACAGUGUACUGUCUGACGACCCCCGUGGAAGCGAAUUCGAAAUAAAAGAAAAACGUGUCCAAUAAAAUCUACGUUUUUCACGAUGAAGACAAAUUGUAUGUCACAUAAAAGAUCAUGAACAACUUUUACUUCUAAUCAUGGAUGGGUCCGCGAGGGGUUUUACCGUUCCUAAACCAUUUUAUGUAAUUUUGAUUUAAUCCUCUCAGACGUGGGCUUUUAGCCGAAUGACAAGACGUUUUCUUGCGAAUUUUUACUUUGAGUUUGAACUUUAUUUCCAACGUCACUACGUAUUACCUGGUUGUUUAGACCAAAUGGAAUUCUGAGUUCCUGUUGACAGAGUUGUGACAUUGUCUUACGGCCAUGAAAAACGGCGAAAUACGGGCAUAAAUGUAUGGAGCUUUUGAGGAGCUUAUAUAUCUAGGACCGCAAAGUUAAGAUAUAGUCUGUCGUUAUUCCUACAAAGAAAGGCUUUUUGACCCGGAUAAAGCUUUACCUUUUAUAAUUAUGCGAUAAAAAUCUUUCGCAAACGUCCUUUGAGACAAUGCAUGCAACCGAGUAAUUACAAUUUAUUAAUUCUCUGGACUAUGUUCAUUGUAAAGUGGCUUUUUAUCUCAUUUUAGGAAAUGUCGUAGAAUAACCUGCGAGGACGGACACUAGGAGUAUCGUACCAUAAAUUAUGAAGCCUUUUUUGAAUAUAAUUUGAAAUCCACUUAAGGUCCUUUCUACCUCCUCACUUGCUAUGUUAGAAUGUAUAGACAGUUUUCGUCCGCAUUAAAUAGACGGUAACUGGAUAUCAGAGGUACCAUUAGCAGACUUACAUUUUGCAUUAAAAUUAAAUUUCAUUUUCGGUUCGGGAUGAAUUUGGCGAAAGAAGAGUCAGGAAAGGUAAUAGUGGAACCAAAACCGAACUUAUUGUCCGCGAGUGUGAGUAUUUUAAUUACAAAUUGAACCUCUGAGUUUCUUUACUCAAACUUGAAAAAAAGUGCCACUGACAAAAUCCCUUUACCUGCUUGACAACAACCAUGCUUUCCGCUUGAAGAAUAUUACAAUUUUCCUACAUUCGGUGUGCAUAUAUUUCACUAAGAUAAUCAUGGAGAUUAUCCUCAUUCGGGAAAGUUACAUCUAGCAGUUGGAAGAGAUUCCAAACUGUCCUUAAUCUUUUUAAUGUAUGUACUACUUCUGUUUUAUUAUAAACUACCAUGUCCUCCAGGAAAGUAGACGGGGUUUUCCCUGGCCGAACUACGAAUGCGACUUCAACACGGUGUCUUGUUUUGUCAAAAAAUGACAAAUGCUCUGUGCUCAUCAAGGGCUUUCCAGUAUAGGUUUGGAUUUUCCCCUGGAUCUGUUUAAGGGCCUGAAACUGGAAUUGCAUUUUGCGCUAAUUUAGCUUAGGACAGAAUAUGAAGGAAGACAGUAUAAAUGACGACUCACCACUCCCAAAAGGACUGCUAGCGAAUGCACCCCCUACGGGCAGUUCGAAAAUCCUAAUUUGGAAUUUGAGUAAAUCAAAAGGAACACAGACGAUAGCCCAAACUUGCUACUUCUUGAAGACAGCCCAACGGUCUUUUAAAAGGUACUUAACAACAACAUUUCUGGCCUUCGUAUAAGGACUAAAAAUUUCCGUUACUUUCAGCGAGAAACACGAAAAUUGACGGGUUGUGCGCGUCACAAGUGGAUGGAUAGCCAGAAACGGCGAUGCAAAAGGUGGUGUUAUCAUACUGAUCAAAAGAGAGAAGUGCAAUCUUCAUAACAAACCCUUGAGGGAAAUUAAAUUAGGGACGGUCUGUGCAACAGUUUAUUUCAGAGGAAUCAUAGAAUCAUAUGUCAAAGCUGUCACUCCUGUAAAGGAAUAUCUCACAUUCUGCGUAGUGGUCGGUAAAGGGAGUAGUAUGUUAUGGCCUCUCAACUGUGCGAAAUCCGACUACCUGGACUGAAUUCGAGUUGGGACGAGAAACCAUAGCACUCCAAUGCAGUCAAAUGCCCCGCGAGUUGAGGAACGGAGCCCUCACCAACAGCUUUUAAUUUUCAUAGAAAUAUUGACGUUAUCCGCCUAGCCUGCUGUUUUAAAUGAUAUCUCUUAAUUUUAGUAGUCUGAACGUGGUACGUUUUCUUGAGGAAUCAGUCUAGCGUCCACCAGAUGACGAAUAAGCUUACGUCAAAUGUGUUUUUGACAGACUUUCAGAAUGAGGAAUGACUUCAUAGGUGUGAAAACCCAGCGGUCUUGUAUGCAUUAGUCUUUUUAAAAGCGGGUAAAACAAUUAUAGCAAAAUUAUGCUUUAACGAAUCGAAACGUUCUACCAAAUAUUACUAAUCAGCCAGUGAAGGUCGGGAAAUAGACACAACCUCAUUCCGCUGCACGAGGGUGUUUGGUUCAACAUGUCAAGAACCACCACACAAAACACGGAGAGAACUAGGGUGCGGAGAUUUGCAGCGCCAAAACACCCCACUGACUUAUCAAAAUAGACCGCCCAAUUAACGGAAAUAAAUCGCUUAGAACCUCUUUUAUGACAUAAGAUGUCUCAAGAAAUAGCUGUUUUAAUCGAAGAAGCAAAGCAAUUCAGAAACUAUUCACAUGGAAAAAAUUAUGAAGGUGGAGUUAUUUUGAGAAUCGCAUUCAUAGACGACGGUCGAAGUUAGUAUGAUGGGCGCCUCUCAGUCUGCAGCCGAACCGUCAAUUGUCAUCAUUUCACCACCAGCGUUGGAUAUUGUCGUGAUAAUUUUCCGACCAUCUGACUUACCAAUACUGCAACUGGAAACGCCAUUCACUCGAACGCUCCUCGUGUGGAUAUUUACUCUACGCAGGCAACUUUUGAGGGUCGAAUAUAGAGGAUGUGAUUGCACUGGUUGACGUGGUGCUGAUCAGAGAACCACGAGUUUACCAGUUCAAGACCCACUUCUUGUAAGAAUUCGGACUUCGUCGGACUCGAAAGUGUGGUCAAGUCCGUCGCAUGGAUCGCGAUUGGUAUGUUGGCGUCACUCCUCCUAACGUUUUCUACGUGCUCGGCCAUUCGCGUCUGAAGUGAUCUCCCUGUUUCUCCGGAGCAUUUCUUUUACCCACACCUGCAUCAGAUGUAAUAAAGGACUCCUGAUAUUUCCUAUCGUGAUAAGGGGUCCUCUGGUCGACUGUUGGCACUGGUUAGUGUUAAACUCCUAAUAAAAGUGGCGUGCAAAGAAGGCUGACAAUUCCAGGGAUUUUCUCGAGGUGCAGAAAGGUUCGACAAAGUUUGGAACUGCUGCGGUGGGGCUUGCCAUUUUUUCUCUGCAUUCAUCGGCUUUUACAAUUGCGGGAACGACCGUUCUCUCCGAGUAACAUGCGCCAUGACAUCUUCCCUCCAUAUUCAACGCUCAAAAUUUGCCUGCACACGAGGAACGCGCGAGUGAAUGGCAUUACCAGUCGCAGUAUCCGUAAGUCCAAUGACCGGAAACUUAUCAUGACAAUAAUCAACGCUGGUAAUGAAAUGGCGGCAAUUGACUGCUCUGCUGAGGACGAAGGAGAGUUCAUCAUACCAAGUACGUCCAUCUUCGAUGAAUGAGGAAGUCGCUAAUUUUGGUAGGUAUGCGGUCGCAUGGCAACUGCAUUCUGAAAUUUUUACAGCUUCUGAGCACACAACAUCCUUACCUGUUUGGUUCGUGUGUGAAUUUGAUGUGGUUUGUCUGUGUGCUUUGUGAGUCACCACUACGUCCGUCAACCAUCCCCUGAGAGGUCGAGGCAGCGAGAGGAGAGAAAAAUCGAUCAGCACGAGGACGACCAACGUGACACGCCACUUGGGAUCUCUGGUCGAUUAAGUGCAUUUCACGCUUUCACAAUGGAGAUUUGACCAGGCCCUUCGAAACGUCAGCAUCGGUAGGAUCCCUGUUGGUAGCCGUACCCACUGAAACCACCAUUGUACCUACUGGUUCGAUUUCAGUAGGUGUGAUUACGUCCUCAUUAAUACAGAGAAGUGCACGCCUUGAACGACUCCCCUUAUGUUCAUAUGCUUUCUAAGAAUCGCAGUUUGGUGUCUACGCUUGUAUAACUGUAUACGUAUAUUAAGUAAGCGUAAGAAAGUGAUAUACCGGUCAGACAUUCGGAAACAGGGCUACACGUAAGAAAUAACAAAUUAUAUUUCUCUCUUAUGCGGAAAUCCCUGCAAUUAUUUGGGCGUGUUAAACUAGGUAAAAAGUUUAUCGACGAAAAUUUUAACCCUGCCACACUGACUAAAACAAUAGCCGAAAAUUGUUACUUUAUAAGUAAGUCCGCAUUUUUAUGAACUAAAUAGGGAUUUGCAUACAUACUAAGUGCAUCAGCUCUUAUGUAUUCGAAUCAGUAAAGUUGAUUGCUUAGACAAUGGGCCUUUCACCUCUUCUCAUAAUUGUAAAUAUCUCUUUCCAGUUUCCUUUAAAAUUUUCUAGAAACCCAAAUUGUCGUCUCGUGCUAUAACUUGCUCGUGUAUUUGGGAGUAGAGCACGACUUCGGAUUGGCUGACUGUCUGCCAAUGAUAAGCGAAUUUGCCGGUAGACUUUUUGAGUAAGCGAGUGAGGCCACAUUAUGCUAAGUAGAAGAGUCUGAGCAUAUGAAGCUAGUUGAAAAAUUACCGACACAGACUCACCAUACGUUUCUCAAUUUUUGGCACUACAACGAACCUGAGAGGGUUGCCGUCCCUCUUCCCUCUCCGGCAUGUUGGUCCAGGAGGAACACUGCACAAAAUGAGGAAGAAAUCACACCUACUGAAUUCGAACCAGUAGGUACAAUGGUGGUUUCAGUGGGUACGGCUACCAACAGGGAUCCUACCUCAGCACCUAAAUAAACCUGUUCCGGUGAACCCAUCUUCUUCAAAUAAUUAACUCGGAUCUCUCAACUUUGCCAAUCUGAUCAAAUCAUUCUAUGCUGCUAGUCAUUACGAAAAUCUACUGGACUUCUGAGCGUGCACUGAUAACCAAACAGGGGAGGAAAAUUACGGUUUGCGACACACAAAAUAUUCGUUCGCCUCAGAUUUCGAUAGCUAGUGCUACCCCUACUUUUUUGCACCAUCGAAUGCCGAGUCGUGUUCAAAUCACCUUACAUUUUAAAUGAAAUUUUUGGCAUUUGUUGUCCUCUCAAAACUGUUAUGGCUAGACCUGACAGAAUUCCGUCCCAAUACCUCAAAUUUUAAGUCGUCGGAGUGAACUUUGUACAAUAUGCCCACGUAACAGUCUAAAGGAGGUUAACGUCCUAACAAAAAGUAAAACUACCAGACUGAAAGAUCUGCUUGCUAGUCUGUCUUUCUCCUCUUCUUCUUUUCCGCUUUCCUCUGGUGAGAUAUGGAGAAAUCUCAUGAGCUUCUCCGGCUAAAGAAGCAUACCGACACAUUUUGAAACCAGUUUAGACUUAUUAAACGAAAAUUUGAUCUUCGCUCACAGUGGCCCUAGUCUUCUCUAAAACUAUAGCUCGCUUUCACCACGUGCGUCUUCUGUCCUGUGCCUGCUGCCAUGGUGGGUAAGCAUAUUCAAAAGGUCCGUGAAUAACUAGCUGACGGGCCGGAUGUUGUCUCAUCACUCCUCCUCAGGCUCUGUUUUUUCAUAUGGCGCCUAUGCUCAUGGACCUUACUAGCAGGUCCUUCGUGGAGUCCAAGAUGCCCGACGCUUGA